GUCACAAAAUGCCACAAACAACAUUAAUACGUAAUAAUAAUCAUUAUGGUGUGCCUGUUCAUCAUCAAAUGAAUGGUCAUCACCAUCAUAAUGGACAUAAUGGUCAUAAUGGCCAUAAUGGUUAUAUGAAUGGAAAUGGUGGUCAUCAUAAUUAUAGUAAUGGACAUGCAAUAUCACAUCAUCAAUCUGGACCAAAAUUAAAUGGACAUACAAAUAUGAAUGGUAUGAACGGGGGUCGUCCAUGGAUAAACGGAUUUGCAAAUAAACCAGAAGAUAAACAAUCAACAUUGUCCAGAUGUUGGACAGUAGAACGGCCAAGAUGUUCACAGUCAAAUUAUGCGGCAGUACGACGUGCGUGUCGAGAACGUGGUGCAUUAUUUGAAGAUCCUGAUUUUCCCGCUGGGCCAAAAGCAUUAUACCAUCAUAAAAAACCUGCAUUACAUCCAAUUGUAUGGAUGAGACCACAUGAAAUGUGCCAAAGACCUCGUUUUUUAUCUGAAAACAAUAGCGAUGUAGCAGCAUUUGCAGUUGAAGCUGGUGAAUUAGGUGAUCCAUGGCUAUUGGCUGCAAUUGCAUCAUUGGCAUUAACACCACGAUUUUUACAUCGAGUUGUACCACCCGAUCAAGGAUUUGAUACCACAACAAAUGCAUACUGUGGUUUAUUUCGCUUUCGAUUUUGGCAUUUUGGUGAAUGGCGAGAAAUUUUAAUUGAUGAUCGAUUGCCAACAUAUCGUGGACGAUUAGUUCAUUUACAUUGUACGAGUUCCACGGAAUUUUGGGCUGCAUUAUUAGAGAAAGCUUAUGCCAAAUUAUAUGGAAAUUAUGAAAAUUUAAGUAAUGGUUCAACUACUAGAGCACUACAAGACUUAACUGGUGGUAUUGUACAAAGUUUUGGUUUAAGUCAUCAAGAUAGAUAUUUAACGUUUCAAGUAUUGAAUAGUGCUGUACCUCGAUCUAGUCUUUUAAUCGCUACUAUUACACCGGAAAAAGAUAAUAAACGUCAACUUAGAUUACGAAAUGGUUUGUUAACACAACACGCGUAUAGCGUAACGGGCUUAGCACGAGUACGCGGUGGUGUUGGUACAUUAAACACACCCGGUGGUUCAAAUGGUGGAGUGGGUCCUUGUGAAACACCAUUGGUACGAUUAAGAAAUCCAUGGGGACGUGGUGAAUGGACUGGUGCAUGGAGUGAAAGAUCAUGGGAAUGGGAUGGUUUAUCACAACGUGAUAAAGAUUUACUCAGUGUGCGUGUAACGAAUGAUGGAGAAUUUUGGAUGUCUUUUGAGGAUUUUGCGAGACAUUUUACACAAUUAGACUUAGUGCAUGUAGGUCCAGACGACUGGAUGUCAGAGCCAGCACUACACUCCAAACAACCGUGGCGGGCUGUACUUGCAAGACGUAGAUGGCGUGCCGGAUAUAAUGCAGGUGGUGGGCCUCAAUAUACUGAAACUACAGCUAUGAAUCCUCAAUUUCAUGUACAAAUUCCACGAUCAACCUCCAACAAAUGCCAUGUAGUUGUUUCAGUUACUCAACAUUAUGAAACCAUUGGUGAAUCACGUAAGAAAAAACCAUUAUUUGCAAUUGGUUUUGCUGUUUAUGAAAUACCACAUUCAAUGUCACGACUUACACCUCAAUUUGUAUCAGAACAGAAACCGUUGGAUGUUACAAACCAUUCAGUUGCACGUGAAGUAGUCACAUUUUUUACGUUACCACCUGGUGAUUAUAUUGUUGUUCCACAAACAAACAUUCCAAAUUUGGAUGGUAAAUUUCUACUACGAAUAUUUACCGAUGAGCAGAGUAAUAUUUGGGAGGUUAAUGAAGAUAAUAUGGUAAUUAGAAAUAUAUCAGCUGAAUUUUUAGAAGAAACUACAAUGGUGCUAGCUGAUGGAAAAUCAUUAUUAACAAAAUUAUCGACAAAAUAUCCAACUGAAGUUGAUGCAACACAACUACAUAAAAUAUUAAAAUCACAUUGGAAAACUUGUUUAUUGGAAAAACCAAGUUUAGAACUAUGUAAAAGUUUAAUAAUGUUACGUGAUCACAAUAUUAGUGGACGAUUAUCGUUAGUAGAUAUACCUGUAUUAAUGCACAUAUUACAAUUUUGGAGGCUGGCUUUUCAAAAAUUUGAAAGGAGUUCAGGAACCGGAAAAGCAUCAAGUUACCAUUUACGAGGAUUAUUAUGGGCAGCAGGUGCAACUGUUAGCAAUAAAGUAUUAGAAUGUUUAGUCUUACGGUUCUCAAAGCAACGAAUAUUAACAGCAGAACGAUAUAUUAUGGCCAUGGUAAGGUUACAUUUGGCACAUGAACGAUAUCAUAGUUUGGAUACAAAAAUGAAAAGUAAUCCAUUAUCGUUGGAAGAACUUAUUUUGAUGACAAUUUACUCAUGACGGCAAUGCGUGCAAUUCAACAGUGAUAAUAAAAACAAGAAUAAAUUAUUAUACAAAAAACCAAAGAAAGGCAAAAAUUUAGUCAAAAUACCCU